AGCGCGGCGAUGGCCGGCGGCAAGGCGCGCCCGGGGGCAGCCGGGCUGAGGCUCCCCACCCCGUGAUGCACGUCCCUGCAGGACCUGAGCGCCUCGGCCGGAGGCCCCGGCCCGCCAUGCCGCUACCACAUCCGCGUCCACAGGUGCUCCCGAUGCUGCUGCUGCUUGUGCUGGGGCUUGUGCGGGCCGUGGCCGGUGUGCCUAAGGUGGCCAGAGACCCUCAGCCUGCCUUCCGCUCCUUUGCCAGCAGCGACUGGGGCCUCACCCACCUGGUGGUUCAUGAGCAGACGGGUGAGGUGUACGUGGGUGCAGUGAACCGCAUCUACAAGCUGUCGGGGAACCUGACGCUGCUGCGGGCCCACGUGACGGGCCCUGUGGAGGACAACGAGAAGUGCUACCCCCCGCCCAGUGUGCAGUCGUGCCCACAUGGUCUGGGCAGCACCGACAACGUCAACAAGCUGCUGCUGCUGGACUACGCUGCCAACCGCCUGCUGGCCUGUGGCAGCGCCUCCCAGGGUAUCUGCCAGUUCCUGCGACUGGAUGACCUCUUCAAGCUGGGCGAGCCCCACCACCGCAAGGAGCACUACCUGUCAAGCGUGCGUGAGGCCGGCAGUAUGGCAGGUGUGCUGAUCGCUGGGCCACCGGGCCAGGCCCAAGCCAAGCUCUUCGUGGGCACACCCAUCGAUGGCAAGUCCGAGUACUUCCCCACACUGUCCAGCCGCCGACUCAUGGCCAACGAGGAGGACGCCGACAUGUUCAGCUUUGUGUACCAGGAUGAGUUCGUGUCUUCACAGCUCAAGAUUCCCUCGGACACACUGUCCAAGUUCCCGGCCUUUGACAUCUACUAUGUGUACAGCUUUCGCAGCGAGCAGUUUGUGUACUACCUCACCCUGCAGCUGGACACACAGCUGACCUCGCCCGAUGCCGCCGGCGAGCACUUCUUCACCUCCAAGAUUGUGCGUCUGUGUGUAGACGACCCCAAGUUCUACUCAUAUGUUGAGUUCCCCAUCGGCUGCGAGCAGGCGGGGGUGGAGUACCGCCUGGUGCAAGAUGCCUACCUGAGCCGGCCUGGCCGUGCCCUGGCCCGACAGCUAGGCCUGGCUGACAGCGAGGACGUGCUCUUCACUGUGUUCGCCCAGGGCCAGAAGAACCGCGUGAAGCCUCCCAAGGAGUCAGCGCUGUGCCUGUUCACUCUCAGGGCCAUCAAGGAGAAGAUCAAGGAGCGCAUCCAAUCUUGCUACCGUGGCGAGGGCAAGCUCUCACUGCCCUGGCUGCUCAACAAGGAGCUGGGCUGCAUCAACUCGCCCCUGCAGAUCGAUGACGACUUCUGCGGGCAGGACUUCAACCAGCCGCUGGGCGGCACGGUUACCAUCGAGGGCACACCCCUCUUUGUGGACAAGGAGGAUGGCCUGACUGCUGUGGCCGCCUAUGACUAUCGGGGACGCACCGUUGUAUUCACCGGCACGCGGAGUGGCCGCAUCCGAAAGAUCCUGGUGGACCUGGCCAACCCCGGUGGCCGGCCAGCCCUGGCCUACGAGAGUGUGGUCGCCCAAGAGGGCAGCCCCAUACUGCGUGACUUGGUCCUCAGCCCUGACCGCCAGUAUCUCUACGCCAUGACGGAAAAGCAGGUGGUGCGAGUGCCGGUAGAGAGCUGUGUGCAGUACACGUCAUGUGAGCUCUGCCUGGGCUCUCGGGACCCCCACUGCGGCUGGUGUGUCCUGCACAGCAUCUGCUCGCGUCAGGAUGCCUGUGAGAGGGCAGAGGAGCCUCAGCGCUUCGCCUCAGACCUGCUGCAGUGUGUGCAGCUGACUGUGCAGCCUCGCAAUGUCUCUGUCACCGUGUCCCAGGUCCCGCUUGUACUGCAGGCCUGGAACGUGCCUGAUCUCUCGGUCGGAGUCAACUGCUCCUUUGAGGACUUCACUGAGUCUGAGAGCGUCCUGGAGGACGGUCGCAUCCACUGCCACUCGCCCUCUGCUGGGGAGGUGGCGCCCAUCACUCAGGGCCAGGGAGACCAGCGGGUGGUAAAGCUGUACCUGAAGUCUAAGGAAACUGGCAAGAAGUUUGCAUCCGUGGACUUCGUCUUCUACAACUGCAGCGUUCACCAGUCCUGCCUGUCAUGUGUCAAUGGCUCCUUCCCCUGUCACUGGUGCAAAUACCGCCACGUGUGCACAGAUGACGCUGCAGACUGUGCCUUCCUGGAGGGCCGCGUUAACGUGUCCGAGGACUGCCCGCAGAUCCUACCCUCCACCCAGAUCUAUGUGCCGGUGGGAGUGGUGAAGCCCAUCACCCUGGCUGCCCGGAACCUGCCACAGCCACAGUCGGGCCAGCGUGGGUACGAGUGUCUCUUCCACAUCCCGGGAAGCCCAACCCGCGUCACCGCGCUGCGCUUCAAUAGCUCCAGCCUACAGUGCCAGAACUCCUCGUACUUCUAUGAGGGCAAUGACAUCAGUGACCUGCCUGUGAACCUGUCAGUGGUGUGGAACAACUACUUUGUCAUCGAUAACCCUCAGAACAUCCAGGCCCACCUCUACAAGUGCCCAGCCCUGCGGGAGAGCUGCGGCCUCUGCCUCAAAGCUGACCCUCGCUUCGAGUGUGGCUGGUGUGUGGCCGAGCGCCGCUGUUCCCUGCGUCCCCACUGCCCUGAUGACUCGCCUGCCGCCUGGAUGCAUGCUCGCCAUGGUGGCAGCCGCUGCGCAGACCCCAAGAUUCUCAAGCUGUCCCCCGAGACGGGCCCUCGGCAGGGAGGCACGCGGCUCACCAUCAUGGGUGAGAACCUGGGCCUGCGCUUCGAGGACGUGCAGCUGGGCGUGCGUGUAGGCAAGGUGCUGUGCAGCCCCAUGGAGAGCGAGUAUAUCAGCGCCGAGCAGAUCGUGUGUGAGAUUGGUGACGCCAGCACUGUGCGGGCCCAUGAUGCCCUGGUGGAGGUGUGCGUGCGGGACUGCUCCCCCCGCUUCCGAGCCCUGUCGCCCAAGCGCUUCACCUUUGUGACUCCAACCUUUUACCGUGUGAGCCCUGCCCGGGGACCUCUUUCAGGGGGCACCUGGAUUGGCAUCGAGGGCAGCCACCUGAAUGCAGGCAGUGAUGUGGCUGUGUCUAUCGGCGGCCGGCCUUGCUCCUUCUCCUGGAGGAAUUCCCGGGAGAUCCGGUGUCUGACGCCCCCUGGGCAGAUCCCUGGCAGCGCCCCCAUUGUCAUCAACAUCAACCGUGCCCAGCUUACCAACCCUGAGGUGAAGUACAACUACACUGAGGACCCCACCAUCCUGAAGAUCGACCCUGAGUGGAGCAUCAACAGUGGAGGGACCCUCCUAACAGUCACGGGCACCAAUCUGGCCACCGUCCGAGAACCCCGUAUCCGGGCCAAGUAUGGAGGUGUCGAGAGGGAGAACAGCUGCCUGGUGUACAACGACACCACCAUGGUGUGUCGGGCCCCUUCGGUGGACAACCCCACCCGCAGCCCACCCGAGCUGGGGGAGCGGCCCGACGAGCUGGGCUUUGUCAUGGAUGAUGUGCGUGCUCUGCUAGUGCUCAAUGCCUCCUCCUUCCUCUACUUCCCCGACCCCGUGCUGGAGCCACUCAGCCCCACUGGCCUCCUGGAGCUGAAGCCUAGCUCCCCACUCAUCCUCAAGGGCCGGAACCUCCUGCCACCAGCGCCAGGCAACUCGAGGCUUAACUACACCGUGCUCAUCGGCUCCACUCCCUGCGCCCUGACCGUGUCAGAGACACAGCUACUCUGCGAGUCACCCAACCUUACAGGGCAGCACAAGGUCACGGUCCGGGCCGGUGGCUUCGAGUUCUCGCCAGGCAUGCUGCAGGUGUACUCAGACAGCCUGCUGACCCUGCCUGCCAUCGUGGGCAUUGGCGGGGGUGGGGGCCUCCUGCUGCUGGUCAUCGUGGCCGUGCUCAUUGCCUACAAGCGCAAGUCACGUGAUGCCGACCGCACCCUCAAGCGGCUCCAGCUCCAGAUGGACAACCUGGAGUCCCGAGUGGCCCUCGAGUGCAAGGAAGCCUUUGCAGAGCUGCAGACCGACAUUCACGAGCUGACCAGCGACUUGGAUGGUGCCGGCAUCCCCUUCCUCGACUACAGGACGUACGCCAUGAGGGUGCUCUUCCCUGGGAUUGAGGACCACCCUGUGCUCAAGGAGAUGGAGGUGCAGGCUAAUGUGGAGAAAUCGCUGACGCUGUUCGGGCAGCUGCUGACCAAGAAGCACUUCCUGCUGACCUUCAUCCGCACACUGGAGGCCCAGCGUAGCUUCUCCAUGCGCGACCGAGGGAAUGUAGCCUCGCUCAUCAUGACGGCCCUGCAAGGCGAGAUGGAGUAUGCCACCGGUGUGCUCAAGCAGCUGCUGUCCGACCUCAUCGAAAAGAACCUAGAGAGCAAGAACCACCCCAAGCUGCUGCUACGGCGGACUGAGUCGGUGGCAGAGAAGAUGCUGACCAACUGGUUCACCUUCCUUUUGUACAAAUUCCUCAAGGAGUGCGCGGGGGAGCCGCUCUUCAUGCUGUACUGCGCCAUCAAGCAGCAGAUGGAGAAGGGGCCCAUCGAUGCCAUCACUGGCGAGGCCCGCUACUCCCUGAGUGAGGACAAGCUUAUCCGGCAGCAGAUUGACUACAAGACACUGACCCUGAACUGUGUGAACCCUGAGAAUGAGAAUGCACCUGAGGUGCCGGUGAAAGGACUGAACUGCGACACGGUGACUCAGGUCAAGGAGAAGCUGCUGGAUGCUGUGUAUAAGGGGGUGCCCUACUCCCAGCGGCCCAAGGCAGGGGACAUGGACCUGGAGUGGCGCCAGGGCCGCAUGGCACGCAUCAUCCUACAGGACGAGGACGUCACCACCAAGAUUGACAAUGACUGGAAGAGGCUGAACACACUGGCUCACUAUCAGGUGACGGACGGAUCCUCAGUGGCACUGGUGCCCAAGCAGACCUCCGCCUACAAUAUCUCCAACUCGUCUACCUUCACCAAGUCCCUUAGCAGAUACGAGAGCAUGCUGCGCACAGCCAGCAGCCCCGACAGCCUGCGCUCGCGCACGCCCAUGAUCACGCCCGACCUGGAGAGUGGCACCAAGCUGUGGCACCUGGUGAAGAACCACGACCACCUAGACCAGCGCGAGGGCGACCGUGGCAGUAAGAUGGUCUCGGAGAUCUACCUGACGCGGCUGCUGGCCACCAAGGGCACACUGCAGAAGUUUGUGGACGACCUGUUUGAGACCAUUUUCAGCACAGCGCACCGGGGUUCAGCUCUGCCUCUAGCCAUCAAGUACAUGUUUGACUUCCUGGACGAGCAGGCCGACCAGCACCAAAUACAUGACUCAGACGUGCGCCACACCUGGAAGAGCAACUGCCUGCCCCUGCGCUUCUGGGUGAACGUGAUCAAGAACCCACAGUUCGUGUUCGACAUCCACAAGAGCAGCAUCACGGACGCCUGCCUGUCGGUGGUGGCCCAGACCUUCAUGGACUCCUGCUCUACGUCUGAGCACAAGCUGGGCAAGGACUCGCCGUCCAACAAGCUGCUCUAUGCCAAGGACAUCCCCAACUACAAGAGCUGGGUGGAGAGGUACUAUGCUGACAUAGCCAAGAUGCCCGCCAUCAGCGACCAGGACAUGAGUGCAUACCUAGCCGAGCAGUCGCGGCUGCACCUGAGCCAAUUCAACAGCAUGAGCGCCUUGCAUGAGAUCUACUCCUACAUCACCAAGUACAAGGAUGAGAUCCUGACGGCCCUGGAGAAGGACGAGCAGGCUCGGCGGCAGCGGCUCCGAAGCAAGCUGGAGCAGGUGGUGGACACAAUGGCCCUGAGCAGCUGAGCCACCGGGUCACUGCCCAGCAGGAGAUGAGUGAGAGGGCCUGCAAGGGAGGCCUGCGACCAGCAGCCAAAGCUAGGAGGCCCUGGGAAGCAGCCUCCCUCAUCUGUGCAGAGUGCCUGUGCGCUCGGGCAGGUGUGCAGGCCAGCGUCCUCCCGGCCCUCCCUUCCCCCUUCCACCUGGCAGGGGGUCCUAGUGCUAACUGGUGUGGGUGAGACAGUGCCUGCAGCACCCUCUGCGCCCGGAGCUGCUGGCUCCAGGGCUAGCGGAGCCCAGGUGCAGCUGAGGCCUUCUCGAGGAACUUGGGUGACUGCUAAAGAAAACCUGAGGGUAAGGCCAAGCUCUCCGGGAGCAGGGACCCAGUCUGGUUGUCUUGAGGCCAGAAGGGCCAGGACAUGGGGCUGGGAGGGGUCAGCCUCCCCAGCUUCACAGGUAGACACCGAGGGCCAGGGCUUGGCUGGCAGCCUGGAGGAGGCUGAAUGCCAGGUCCGGCCAAGUUGAGCCCGAGUCAGUGUGGGCUGUUGCUGCCUGCCUGCCUGCCACGUCUGGCACCCUCAUGCUCUCUGCUGCACCGCCACCACCAUCCUCCGAUUCACCGCGUGCUGUCUGCGGUGGAGGCAGAAGUACCACAUCCACCUUGCCCAGAGAGAGGCCCCCAGCUCCCUCCUAUGGAAGGGCUGCAGGAAGGCAGUGCUCACAGCUCCCAAGUGACUUCCAGAAGGACUCAGCAACUCCCUUUGUGUCCUCAGGGCUGUGCCUCUGGGAGCCACUGGGGCCUGGGGCUCCGAGCGGUCAUGAGUGCACAUUCCCAUUAUUUAUUCUCCACUGCAUCCGCUUGGGGCAAGCUCUCCAGCGCGGAGCGUAUGGGAGCAGCCCUGAAUAUCCUCUUCCCUCUCUGUCUUCCCCUGCUCUCCACAUCCACCUUCCAGCAGCUUCCAGUUUGGCAUCUCAGCAGCAUUCUGGCGCCUCAAGCACAGUGGGACAUCAAGAGACUGUUCUUGUUUUUUUUUUUUUUUUAGGGGGGAAGAAAGAAAUCCUGCUGCACUCACUCGGGCAUCCAGUACCGUGGCAGGGCCCCUUGGGCCAUACUUGCUGGCAUGGCUAGGCAGGACACAGUGACCAGAGGGCCUGGUGGUUGGCUCUGUCCACCCUGCCCUCAGUGAGCAAGAGAGAACAAAUUUUUAAUUAAAAACCUGUAUAUUAUUUUAUAUAUAUAUAUAUAUACACACACACACAUACACAUGUGUGUGCACACGCACACACAUUAUAUAUAUAUAUAUAUAUAUAUACACAUAUAUAUAUGUAUGUAUGUAUGUAUAUGUAUAUGUAUAUGUAUAUAUGGCUCUAGCCUCAGUCUCCAGCCCCAGUGGGGUCCUGUACAGUUGACUGGAGGAGGAGAAAUUUUACGAUUUGAAAUAAGUGGGAAAGCAAUACCAAGUGGCCAUGAAGCAGGCGGCCAGUUUCCCCUACCCGAGCACCCCAGGCCUGCGCCCCUCAUCCUGCGGUUUGUCCUGUUUUUGUUUGUAAAAAUGAGAGAACUCCUCUCAGGCCCCCCGAGAGCUUCGGGCAAGAGGCUGUGGAUUCCUGCAUGACUGUGCUAGCUUUUAGUCUGACUUGAUCUUUUUAAAACUGCAAGUGUUGGAUACUAGAGGUUGUUAGACCCCUUUUUUAUGUUUUUUAAUUAAUCAGCCACUUGUGAAAGCAGACAAGCGGACCCCCUCUUCAAGUUCACAUUUUUGACGGUACUAAAGAUUCCCAUGGACUUUAAGGGACAGCUAACUGUGGCCAGUCUUGCACCCACGAGCUUCCUACCUUGGGGUCCCGCCUCCAAUGCAGUGCGAGCCAGACUGCACACCGUGGAGAUCAGGUUAAGUGCGGUCUGAUCCUUCGCAUUGGGGAGCGGCAUGAAAUCCGACAACUCCUGACUCGGGAAGCUCCUGGAACUGAGCAGGGCCCCGGCCUCCCACUGCUGUGGGUGAGCAGCUCGAGCUCGGGCAGCCCCCUGACCCCAGCACAGCUGUGUGGGUUCAUCCCGGGCCGACGUGGGGGGCCAGAGCUGAGGCUGCUCACUCCAGAGCAGGGCAUGUGUGUGGUUGCCACUGCUUUGGCCUGGAUUCCCAGUCGUGGAUGCACCCUUGCCUCGUAUCGGAUGCCAUCUGGCCAUGUGUGGGUGCAGACCUCAGUUUCCCCUAAAGUCUUCCAUGGAUGUUGGCUUCUAAUUGAAGCCCCGUUCUUCCAGUCCCACACAGGUCAGUUUGGGGCUCCUCCGCUCCUACACUGCCCUCUUUCAGAAUCCAGUCCCAACCCCCAUUCCUAAGGCUUCCCAUCCCACAGAGAGCCGGCCGCCAUGCUCACCUCAAGAGGCUGAGUGUGGUGAGGGAGGAGGAGGGGUGUUGCCGGCCCUGCAGGGUGUGUGGCCCACUCCACAGCGCACGCCUGGCGCAAGCACUUUAGCAAUAUCUGUUUACAUGGGAGCUGAUUGAGCUGAUUCAAGGCCUGCCGUCUCCCCAUUGCAGCAGGUCCCGCACCUUCUUCCUGCCAGGUUGCACAGUUGGGCUCCAAGUUUUUCUUGUCACUCGUUCACACAGCCCUCCCAGCUCUGGCACUCCAGGCACUGGGCCCAGGCACCCCACCAUCACCCCCCAGGCAUUGUCCUGCCAGGAGUUCUGACCUCAAAUUCCGGCACUGGCCUCGGGGAUUGUAGGAGCCUGAGGUUGGAGCCUGAG